AUGAAGAAGUUCUUUGGCAACUGGAAUCAAAGGCAUUCUUCCUCUGGCCCCUCCACCAGCCAGAAGGAGUCCUUCCUGGGCCCUGAUGGGCAGUCCUGGGAUUCUAUUGCCCUCCAUUCCUUCAGAAAGCUUAAAAGCUACAAAGCUUUUGGAAAGAUCCACAAGGCUGCGAGCCGGGGUGCUGUUGCCAUGGUUCAGAGCAGACUCAUACUUGCAAAAAAUGGCGUCAAUGACCGAGACAGGAAUGACAGAACGAUGUUGCACUAUGCCUGUGCACAUGGCCAUCCCGUUGUAGUUGCCUUCCUUAUACAGUGGAAUUGUGACGUUGAUCUCCGUGACAGUGACAACUGCACAGCACUAAUUAAGGCUUCACAGUAUGGGAAUGGAGAAUGUGCGCUCAUUUUACUAGAUCAUGGUGCUGAUCCAAAUACCAAGGACAACCAUGGGAACACUGCUCUGCACUAUGCUGUUUGGCAUAACAACGCCUCAAUGGCAGAAAUACUACUGGAACACCAUGCCGACCUCAGUAUAAGGAACAAGGAUACUUUUACACCAUGCACUCUGGCUCAAUUAAGAAACAAUGAAAGCCUGGCAAAGUUUUUAAUAGAAAAGAGAGACCAGAUACUGAAACCAGAUGAACUGAAGAG